CCUUCCAAGUAGCUGGAACUACAGGUAUCUGAAAACCAGCAGUAAUCCUGUCUCCGAAGUUUAUCAGGAAAGAAGCUUAAGAGAGAACAAAAUUCAGCCAGUGUUGGAACUCUCAAUCACAGAGGGGUGUGGUUUACAGCUCUCCGGCCUGCUGUGGGACUUCAGCUGUGACCUACAGAAAGACACUGAAAGGAAACCACCCAAGACAUUCACCCUGCCCUGGUCGGCGCUAGCCAUGACGAAGACUUCUACAUGCAUAUACCACUUCCUUGUUUUGAGCUGGUAUAUUUUUCUUGAUCAUUACAUCUCACAACAAGGAAAGGACAAGGAGAAACCAAAAAUCUUUGAAAAUGGUGGAAAGUGGAAGUAUUUAACACUCCUUAAUCUGCUCUUGCAGGCUGUUUUCUAUGGGGUUGCCUGCCUGGAUGAUGUGCUGAAAAGAAUCAAAGGGAGAAAAGACAUUAAGUUCCUAACUGCCUUCAGAGACCUGCUUUUCACCACAUUGGCUUUUCCUGUAUCCACAUUUGUAUUUUUGGCAUUCUGGAUGCUCUAUCUCUACAAUCGAGAUCUCAUUUACCCCAAGGCCCUAGAUGAUAUCUUUCCAGCAUGGCUGAAUCAUGCAAUGCACACGUCCAUAUUACCCUUCUCAUUGGUUGAAGUCAUCCUCAGACCACAUCACUAUCCAUCGAAGAAGACAGGUCUCACUUUGUUGGCAGCCAGUAGUCUUGCUUACAUCAGCAGGGUCCUAUGGAUCUACUCUGAGACGGGUACCUGGGUAUAUCCCAUGUUUGCCAAACUCAACCCAAGGGGUAUAGCAACCUUCUUCUUUCUCAGCUACAUCGUUAUUGCCAGCAUCUACCUACUUGAAGAGAAGCUCAACCACUGGAAAUGGGGUGACAUAAUACAGCCACGGAAGAAGAGGAAGUGAUUGCACGCCAUUUUCUAAGAAC